AUGCGGCGCACGUUAGGAGGGACCGUUCGGGGGCACCUUCCAUGUAUUUUUAUCGCCCUGCAGCAGCGGAGUGUUAUACCGGGACAGAUACCAACAGAUGAUUCCCUGCGACACGGUAACGGGACGGGUGGAGAGGGGGCACCUGGUUGGGAGUUACGGCGCGGUCACCACCUUCACAGUAGCGUGGGGUUGCAUUCGCCUUAUCCCACUGCAUGCGGUCGUAUGUUUAACCCACAACUAUACCACGAGGUUUUGCAGGCUUGCUGCGAUCAAAAGUGGCUGCAGGCGGUCCAACGGGAGAUGCGAAAUGACGCUGAGUGGGUGGAGACGCUUCGCCGUGAGGGUGGUGUGGCGAAAGACAUGAAUGUGCUGACAGAGUCCACGGGGCAUGACGACGAAUUCAUGAUGAAGUUGCGAGAAAAGCUUAAGACAAACAAGAAAAUGUCUCUCACACUGUGUGCAAUACAGGAGAGUUACGAGCGGAUUCGUGAGAAGCGUGAUAUGCACGAAACACAGGUUGCGGCAGAUGGCGGACACGACCCCUAUGCGGCAAUGCGGCAGAGGCAACAGGGAGAAUUUGGUGCCAAGCUUCCUUCUUUCUAA